CCAUCCUUCUUCCCUCAGGCCAUCGUGGACACUGGAAAGACCAUGAAGACUCUGCUGGAUCACGUUGAAGCCUUCAGCCCAAAGAUGAUCAAAGUAGCUGGUUUGCUGGUGAAACGGGUGCCCAGUGGUACAGGAUAUCUGCCCGACUAUGUUGGAUUUGAGAUCCCCAAUCGUUUUGUGGUCGGCUAUGCCUUGGAUUACAACGAAUACUUCCGAGAUCUCAAUCACAUCUGUGUGAUCAGUGACAGAGGGAAACAGAAAUACAAGAUCUGAAGAUGAUGAUCUCACUCGUACAUGAGUAUCUGAAGGCUGACUGGAGGA